AUGGCAACGACUCAAACCCGUCCCAAGUCCCAAGAUCCUGAGCGUCGAGUUGCAAACUUGGCAAUCAUCAAUUAUGAAGAACUUCUGCUUCAGAAGCCCGAAGAGAUUGAGAAACUAUACUUGGCUUGCGCCAAGUGGGGUUUCUUCUAUCUUGAUUUAAGUGGCGACAACACAAAAGACUACCUUAACAAUGUCGACUCUUUAUUUGCUGCUUCCAAGGAGUAUUUCGCCAAGUCGCUUGAAGAAAAGUUGGGUGACAAAAGAGAAGAGCUGAGUAUCUACAAUAUCUGCCGGUGAGUUAUUCUCGGAGUGGCAUGGCCAAGCUCGCUAACAUUAAUGGAGGUACAAGCCCAUGGGUUCUCUUGGGCUAGACGCUGGCAAUGCCACUCAGAAGAAAAAUGGUUCUGAGAACUUGAGAGUAUGUUUUCCAAAGCCAUAUGAUAAUAACACCACUGACCAGCUUUCAGGUCCCCGUUGAUCUCAUCCACAACCCGACCCUCAACCCAAACCUUUACUUUCCGACAGGAAUGAAGAAACAUGAACAACAAUUCGCUAGCUUCAUCAAAAGCUCACACUCCGUGCCCAAUCUAAUAGCCAAGAAUCUUUUCGACUACUUGCAACUCGAAGGCAACAACAGAUUUGAAAACUUCCACAAGCCAAACGAGCAAUCCACUUCCUCCGCCGUGCUCCAGCAUUACCCCCUCACCGAUCUCCCACCCCAAACUAGCGCUGGCCACUUCACACACACCGACACAGGAAGCAUCACAGUCCUCUUCAAUACUGAAUGGAGGCUCCAAGUCUUCUCCCCGGAGACUGAAGAUUGGGAAUACGUUCCACAGCGCAAAGACUGUGCCAUCAUCAACGUAGGAGAUACACUGAAAUUCAUCUCCAACUUCAAAUUGAAAUCCAGUCUCCACCGCGUUAUCCCAUGGCACGGACCUAAUGUCUCCAACUCCCGCUAUGCUACCAUAUUCUUCCUUCGCGCAAGCAAUGAUGUGAAGUUCCGUGACAGUGAGGGUGUAGAGUGGACUGGGUCUGGGUGGUUGGAACGUAAGUUUGAGAAUUAUAGGAUCCCACACGAAGAACAGAAGAAGACUGCCAUAUCUACAGGUAAGAAGGGGUUUGUUGGGCUUUGGGAUCAGCAGAAGCAAGCUGUCUUCUGA